UCCGGGAAUCCGUCAGGAAGGGACAUAAACAAAACAAACCCCAGAGCGGCAUGGAGGGGCCGGGUCAGAGCUAUAGCCCCAGCAGAAGCUGGGACCAGAAGUGAGACGUCCUCUAUCCCCCCAGCUGGGUCGGGGCCCCAGGCACAAAAUUCCCCAGAGGAAAAAAUAUUCCAAGUAAUCAAAAUAAACAUUUUCCUAACAAAAAAUCUGCAACUCACCUUGUAUGAGUUAUAUAUGCUGCCUACUAACCGGGGAAAAAAGCUGGAACAGAAUUUGCAAGCAAGGAAAACAAGAAAGUUAGAAUUGAAUUUGGAGGAUCUGGGCCUGGAAAUGCCUCAGCCCAGUGUGAGUGGAAUGGACCCUCCAUUUGGAGAUGCCUUUCAAAGCCACAUGUUUUCAGAACAGACUCUGAUCAGCACAGAUCUCUUGGCUAAUAAUUCUGACCCAGAUUUCAUGUAUGAAUUGGACAGAGGAAUGGAUUGCCAACAGAGUUCCAGGGACAAUCUUCUUUCUGUAGAGGACUGUAAAGAAUUUGAGAACUUGGAGACUUUUACUGAGAUUCUAGAUACUGAAAUGUCUUUCCCUGCUAAUUGGGAUCAGUGGGAUACUUACUGUGAAGAUUUAACAAAGUAUACAAAAUUAACCAGCUGUGACAUUUGGGGAACAAAAGAGGUGGACUAUUUGGGUCUUGAUGAUUUCUCAAGCCCAUAUCAAGAUGAAGAGGUAAUAAGUAAAACUCCAACUCUGGCUCAGCUCAACAGUGAGGACUCUCAGCCUGUUUCAGAUCCACUAUGCUAUUCAGAGUUGCUGUUCAAUGCAAAACAAACCCAACUAACUUCUCUGCCAAACAAGAAAAUUGCAAGAGCAGCCGCCCCAGUUUGUUCAUCAAAAACUGCUCAGGCUGAAGCACCUUUAUCUGAGUUUGCUCAGAAAGCAAGUGAGGCCAAUUCAAGCACACAAAUCAUGGUUAAGACCAAUAUGUACAGUAACGAGAAAGUGAAUAUUCACAUUGAAUGUAAGGAUUAUGUUAAAAAGGCAAAAGUGAAGAUAAAUCCAGUGCACCAGCACAGGUCCGCUCUGAACCAGGCAAAUGCUGAUGCUGCAAAAGAAAACACCUGCUACUGUGGAGCUGUAGCAAAGAGACAAGAGCAGAAAGGAAUUGACCCCCUUCAGAAUCACAGUGCUCCUGUAUUGCCUUUCAAAGAGACUCAGGCUCUGCUCCUCACGCCGCCCCAGGAAACUCCAGGACUUAUUGCUGAGAAGAGCAACCUCUCUGCUAGCACCUCAGUGUCAGAUCCUUCACAGAAAAAAGAAGAGCAUAAUUACUCUCUUUUUGUCAGUGAUGGCUCAGCUGAUCAUGCAGGGAUAGCCGAUCCUGAUGAGGAUGAGGAUGACGAGGAAGAGGUGGAAGAUGAAGAUCAUGAUGAAGGCUUUGGAAGUGAGCAUGAACUGUCCGAAAACGAUGAAGAGGAGGAUUAUGAGGACGAUAAAGAUGAUGACAUCAGUGAUACAUUUUCUGAACCAGGUUUUGAAAAUGAUUCUGUAGAAGAUUUGAAAGAAAUGACUGCAAUAUCUUGUCGAAAAAGAGGCAAGCGGAGAUACUUCUGGGAAUAUAGCGAACAACUGACACCAUCACAGCAGGAGAGAAUGUUAAGGCCUUCUGAGUGGAAUCGAGAAACCUUACCAAGCAACAUGUAUCAGAAGAACGGAUUACAUCAUGGAAAAUAUGCUGUUAAAAAGUCACGAAGGACUGAUGUAGAAGAUCUGACACCAAACCCUAAAAAACUGCUACAAAUUGGAAAUGAACUUAGGAAACUGAAUAAAGUAAUUAGCGAUUUGACCCCUGUCAGUGAACUUCCUUUAACAGCAAGACCAAGAUCAAGGAAAGAAAAAAAUAAACUGGCCUCUAGGGCUUGCCGACUGAAAAAGAAAGCUCAGUAUGAAGCCAACAAAGUUAAACUUUGGGGACUCAAUACUGAAUAUGAUAACUUACUAUUUGUGAUCAAUUCUAUCAAGCAAGAAAUUGUGAACAGAGUGCAGAGUCCUAAAGAUGAGAGAGUAACAAAUAUGAGUCAGAAGCUUGAUGUACUCGUUAAAGACACUCUUGGACAGCCAGUAUCUGGACAAACUUCAGAAUUUGUGAACCAGGUUUUAGAAAAAACAGCAGAAGGAGAUCCUACAGGAGGACUUGUUGGGCUGCGAAUACCAACAUCAAAAAUUUAACAGACAUCAUUUUAUGCCAUCACACUGAUCAGAGCUCUGCCUGCAUCAUGAACUACUACAUUGUAGAAUUAAUUCUGGUCUGCAUGUGAGUUUAGUGCUGUAUAAAACACAGUUUUAAGUUCCAUUAUUUUUUUUUAUUUUUUAUUUUAUAACAAUGUAGUAAGGUAAGUGAAAGCAUGAUAUGAAAUGCUUAAUGGCAUUUUGGAGCAUAAACCUUGUAGAUCUAAACUUGCUUCUGGCAUAAAUGUAAUGGCUACAUGUUUAUUUUAAAAUUAAGUUUAUCUAGGACCAGAUUAUAUAACUUAUGUAGGAGCAAAAUAUGUUUUUUGCAAAAGAAAAAAUCUAGUAAAAUGCCAAACAUUUUGGCAGGUUUAUGCUCUUAAGUUUAAAAAAAAUGUAAACUCAAGGAUUUUUUUUUUCAAAAAUUGUUGCUUUUUUCUUCUAAAUUAAACAAUAAGUUUUCUUUGUAACCUAAAUUGUAAAUAGCACACUUAGCAAUAAAGCUAGUGUGCCAUAUAAAAAAAUAUAAUUUUCUGAGCUUGAUACGGUAUUUAAAUGUCUGUGCAAGUAAGAAAUAACGUAUACUCUUUGUGCCUUGUAUUGAAUAGGGAGGGAGGGAAGGGGAAGAAUAAACAUGGAAUAGUAAACAUUUUGUAGGAUGAAGAAACUCCUAUGGGAGAGAAGAUACAUAGAUGGUCUCAUGGGUUUUAAUGUAUUUGUUCCAACUCUUACAAAUUUUUGAAUGUAUAUAGGAAUAUGUUGAAAAUGUAGAUAUGCCACAGAGUCUAUGUAUUGUAUAAAAGAUGGCUCUAGAAAAAUAAUUUUCGGUACUUGGCCGGAAGAAAACAAAUACUUGCACAUUAAUGCGAUUGUUUAUUUUUGUACCAAAGACAAAUGCAACUGAAAUGGCAAACUGCCAGUUUAAGUAAAGUUUUGCACAGCUUACAUGAUACUGUACUGAAUGUAUAAAAAGAAAAAUAACUUAAAGGUCAGGGUUAGGGAUCUUACUGAACUGUGAAUUUCUUUCUCUCUUUGGGUCCAAUUAUCUACAGAAGGAGCAUUCAUACAUUAUUAUUUUGCUGAUCCUCUAGUUUGUUCAUAGUAGAUAAAUUGGCCAUCUAGAAGACUGUAAAUCCUUUUUUGUUUUCUGCACUUAUAGUAGAAAUUUUAAUAUAUUUGGAUUUUAGUAAGCUAUUGAUAAAGCAGAUUUCAACUUUGGGAAUUAGAAAACUUAGCUUGUAGUAUACUUCCAACCAACCAGAAUAUUAUUAAUUAUUUUUAUUGUAAUAUGUAUAUAUGUAAAAAAAAGCCACAAAUAUUUAAUUCCUUAGUUGCCACUUUUCCAAUUGUAUUAUUGUGCAUGUGAUGUUUCCAAGAAUCAACACAGGCGAGAGAAAAAAAAGAAUUUCUAGAUUUUAUAUUUUUGUACAGAUAUUUGAACUAGCUUCCUCAAACUUAUACGUGACUUAUUGUUAAUUCAUAGUUUCUAUGAUUGGGGGAAUACAAAUGUGUGUGCAGUUUGCCUCACAAGAGUUUGCUUUUAGUCAGUGUUAAAGUACCAAUGAAAAGCUUUAUCUCUUAAGGAGAGAGUUAUUUUUGUUAAGACAGGAUCAUUAUAUGGUUUUGUGAUUGCCUUUCCUCCCCCUUUUUUGAUAUAGAUGACUACAUAACACUGUUUACUAAAAUACCAAAUAAUUUAGAUGUAGCUCCAAGAAAAUGCAAAAAGCUCAUGGAUUUCUCCCUCCUACCCUCCAAUUCUUUACAUACAUUUUGUAAUGCAGUUGUUGCAUCUCAAUGGAUUAUUCCUAAAUGGAAUCUAAUACUCAUUUUUUUAAGUUUGAAAGAUUGGAAAAUGCCAAUAUACCACUACAGAGUUGUACCAUCCUACAGCUAUUUUUCUUUUUAUGUCUCUCAAAUCACUGUUUAUUGCCAUUUACUUUACAAAAAAAAAAAAAUCUGAAGUAUUUUAUAAGACGUCAGCAGAGAUUUGCAUGUCCUGAUGGAGCAGAAGGAUUUUUAAGAUAAACUGCAGCUGAAAUAACACUGGCAGCUCAGUUAUGUGCCUGACUUAACACUUCUUGUGGAGCUUUUGUCUUCUGAAUAUUUUAUACCCCAUCUACCGUGAUAUACUGGAAUAGUGUUGAGUUUCAUUGGUAAAUGGCAUUUAAAUACCGUUCAUGCUAAGAUUCUAAUGCUGAAUCAGAAUAGCAUGGAAAAGAUAUAUUCUACAAUAAAACGUAGCUGUUUUCUAAUCAGGACUUAUUUAGCAAGGUUAUACUGACAGUAAGAUAGGAUAUCCCCUUUGUAGCCCAGUUCUCUGAGCUAAUACUGCUUUUGCAGCUUGUAUGUGUGUGCGCGUGUGUAUGCGUGCGUGCAUGUCUGAAAACUGGUAUGAUUUUGUUCUAGCAAUUAAAGAAAAGACUUUGAACCCUUUUAGUGGAUUCCAUUGCCCUUGCAUUUCAGUGUUUUCUAUGUAUUAAGUUAUAGUCAAAAAGCUUUUAAAUAGUUGAGCUUUUUAAUGGUGACACUUUAUUUUGUAUCUAUUUAUAUAUGUAUGUAUAUCUUAGAAAAGCACUUUGUUUAAAAAAAGAAAAAAGAUAUUGCAUUUUAUAUGAUUCCUGCCAUUUGCUGCUAACUCUGGGCUGGUCAGAAUGCUGCAGCAAUACUUGAUCUAAAUAAAACCUGGCGGUAAAAUGUAGAGUAAAGUUAAGACCUUUGCUGGUUUAAUCUUAUUGUAAAGAUGACAUAGGCAAGCUGUGCAACUUUACAUUUUAACCAGGAGACUCUGUGGCAUUUAAAACAGUCUAGAAAUGGUUGUACUUUUAAUGCCAGUAACAAUCUGCUUCCUCUAGUGUCAUUAAAUAUACGUUUAGUGUAUAAUUAUCACAAAGAUUUUUAAAACCCAAAUAUUCAUGUUUUGUUUGGGGAAAUUGUGGCAUGCAUUUUUGGCUGAUUAUCUUUAGAAGAGUUCUAAAGGUUUUCAAACUUCAUACAUGGAAUGUGGAUCUUAUUGAAGUCUUUGGUCAUUUUCUAAGCGUAGAUGUUGUGGGUAUUCUAAUGUCCCUCAAAAGCAAUUAACCUUUUUUUUAAAGUCCUAAAUUCUCUUUCAUACACUGGAUAUUUUAGAGUUCAUUUCCAUUGAAAGCAUGCUCUUGCUAAAAAAUUGUCAGUCUGAAACUGAGUGCCACACUUCUAUUUUUGAAUGGCUAUGAUGAACUACUUGCUCUGUACCAUGUAUGGUUCUUGUCCUUUAUCCACUUAACUCCAUUGACAGAUUAUGAUGUGGCUUUAUAUUGUGCCUUAUUUGUAUAUUAGAACCAAGUUUAUUUUUCAUUCCCCAGGACUCCUUAAACCCUUUUAGAAGCAAACAACAAUUAAAGCAUAAUAAAGGAACUUCAAAUAGAUCUGAUUUAAAAUUAUAUUAAUAGUUUGUACUGGCAUAGGGUGACCCAUUUUUAGUGGUCUUGGAAAAUAAGGUUUUUAUAAUAAUUCCACUACAUCUCAACAACAGCUUCUCUGCCUCUUUUAUUGAACAAAUCUUGGUAUUUAAUUUUCUGGGGCUCAUUAGUACUAGUCCUUUGACUAGCUGAGGACUGGUCUUUUCAUGCUAUUGUGGCAUCAGUGCAAACAGUGAAACUGUUGUAGGACAUGGGCAAAGAUAUACAUACUUCAGUAGUCUGGUUGGUAAUUUAUUUUUAAAUUUAGGUUGAAAUGUACUGGAGAAAGAGCAAAAACUAUAACAGAUUAAAGGUCUCUUAAACUUAAAAGCAACAGACAUUUCUCAAAUACCGUACUGUCAGUGUGAGUUUCACUUAAGUCUGUACCACUUUUCUGAUGUUUGCCUUUGUUAAUAAAUCUGCUUGUUUAUUCACAAAUGUCAAUAAUUGAUGUAUGGUUUCUCUUACGUAAGUCUUAUAAAUAUGAGUAGUUUUAAAGCAUUAAUAUUCUCCUACUUGUUUUUCAUGGGUUUUCUUACAAGUUGCCUUCAGCACAAAUAGCAUAGCCAGUCGGUUCCUUGACGUUUACCAGUCUUCCUGUUGAAUUCUGUUGAGGCACAGUCACAAGCCACAUUUGGGCUUUGAAGCCUGAAUUUCACUCCUGUCUACUCAUUGUUUUGUUUUGUUUUCAAAGUAAGGCUUUAGGUGUAAAAUCAUGUAUUUUAGUCUCCUAUCAGAUGGAAAGCUCCAUUUUGUAUCACUGAAAACUGCGCUAAAAUGCAGUGUCUUCAGCUUUUUAUUUCGUUUUUAUGUGAGCAAAUUAUAUUUCAGUCAAUUACUAAUCCAAUCUCUUUAAUAAAUCAUGGCAUGUAAGGGCAUUACACAAUACUUAGGUUAUUUCCAGAGUAAACUGAAUGCUUUGCAAAUGGCACUUUAGCAUAUAUUUCCUUCAAAGCAUUCUAACUUGAUUGGAUCUCAGAGGUAUACUGUUUAAUUUUCCUCCAUUAUUUUGGGUGAUAAGAGUGUUCAUGCAGUGAAAUGCUUAGCCUCUUAAGAUGUUAGGAACUUCCAUAAGAAUAUACUGGUCAUUCCCUAAUCCUAAGCAAACUUACAUAAAAAUAUCCCAUUUUACAUGGAAUUUACUACACUGUCGCAUAUAGGGCUGUAGCCUUAACUUUUUUCUAAAAUAAAAAGUUUGAGCCUAAAUUAAAUCUGAGUAAAAAAGAAAAAAAACCCAAAAUAUGUUAUAUUAGGUAAACUGAUCUAGUCUACCAUUUUAUCAGGAACUACAGUGGUAUAAAGGCCAUACCUCAUCCCAAUGCUGUAAAUUGCCUCUUGGUAUCAAAGUUCUAAUCCAGUUCAUCCAGGUAUUGUUGGCAUUUUUCAUGUAUUAAACAUGUUUCUUUUAAACAUGUUUUAAAAUUUAAUAGCUAUAAAGUAAGUUAAAUAUCUAUUGUUUAAGAGUUAAAAGUAACAUUAUUUUGAUUUCCCAUUGAUUUCAUUGGAUCUGUCUUAAGUUCAGAUUCAAACGUGUGCGAGCAAUUAAAGUUUCAAUAUGGAAAGACUGAAGUUAUUUCUAACUUUAAAACUUUUUUUAAAAAAUCAUUUCUAGCUUCUAAGAAUGGAAAUUUCUGCUGGAGCAUACUGUUCUCACAGAUGCAAAAUAAUAUAACAUUUAGCAUUGGUUACUGUAGUAUAUUCUACAAAUUAAGUUGUCCUACCUGAAAUAUACUGAAAAUCUGAUUAAGAAUUAAGGCUGCAGUCUUAAACAUUCUUAUCUGGAAGUAGGUUUCACUGUAUUAUGGGAUGCCUCUGUAAACCUGUUUAAGAUUGGGGAGCAAAUCUGCUAGUAUAUGCAAACACAGCAAAGUUUUUGAAAGGUAAAAAUAGUACAUUAAAAACUAUUGUGACCUUCCUCUACCAGGAUUAUAUUUGUAAUGCUGUUAAAUGUUCUGUGGUCCAUUUCCAGCUGGAGCUCAGAGAUAUGUAUUGAAGGUCUUGU